CCUGCUGCAGUCACACACACACACACACACACACACACACACACAAACAGCAUCCUGCUCAGGACGGGACACAGCUGAGUUUGCUCCUCGUUCACUACACCGGCAGGCUGCGGAGGAAGCCACGCGAGCACCUGGAAAAGGAUCCGGUGGACGAUCAGCAGAAGAGAAGGAGCAGGAGCUGUGGAGAAGUGUCAUCAGGUUCAGCACAAACAGGAGUAAUAUAAGUGGCAGCUGCUGAAGAGCCUGGGGCGUCUUCUUUUCUGGAACAGCGUUGCUGUAUUCUUCUUCCAGUAAGGGAGGAGGAAGAGGAACUGUGGCUAACCUGCAGCCAUGCACCGCUUAAGGACUACAUUUGCAAGGCUUCGGCCUUUAACAGCUGCGCAGACAGCCCAGAGCCAAUCGCAGCCCAGACUGUUGGUGAUCGAGGGGGGUUUAAGGACAUUUAAGCCUGCGAGGUGCCAGAACACAUCCGUGGCUGCUGAGCCCUUUCUCAAUGGCACCAGCUCUAACUAUGUGGAGGAGAUGUACUAUGCGUGGCUGGAAAAUCCCAGGAAUGUGCACAAGUCCUGGGAUAUAUUUUUCCGUAACGCUAACGCUGGGGCUCCGCCUGGUGCGGCCUACCAGAGCCCUCCACCCCUCAGUGGGACUUCUCAGGGACUGGCUAGUGCCCGGGCACUGGUGGGGGCUCAGCCCAAUGUGGCAAAACUGGUGGCGGAUCAUCUAGCUGUACAAUCACUCAUACGAGCAUAUCAGGUACGAGGGCAUCACAUAGCGAAGCUGGACCCCCUGGACAUCAGCUGUGUAGACUUUGAUGAUGCCCCGUGCACCGUUGGUUUCCAGAAAGUUGUUCACACAGGUGUUUACGGGCUGGUUGAAUCAGACCUGGACAAGGUGUUCCGGCUUCCCACCACCACCUUCAUCGGCGGCAACGAGAGCUCGUUGCCUCUCAGAGAGAUUAUACGACGCCUGGAGAUGGCCUACUGUCAACAUAUCGGAGUAGAGUUCAUGUUCAUUAACGACGUGGAGCAGUGCCAGUGGAUCAGACAGAAGUUUGAGACACCAGGAGUCAUGCAGUUCAGUCUGGAGGAGAAGAGGACUCUUCUGGGCAGAAUGAUCCGAUCCACAAGGUUUGAGGAGUUCCUCCAGAGGAAGUGGUCUUCGGAGAAACGAUUCGGUCUGGAGGGUUGUGAAUCCCUCAUCCCAGCUCUCAAAACCAUCAUCGACAAGUCCAGUCAGAGCGGAGUGGAGAGCGUGAUCAUGGGGAUGCCCCACAGGGGGAGGCUGAACGUGCUGGCUAAUGUGAUCCGAAAGGACCUGGACCAAAUCUUCUGCCAGUUCGACUCUAAACUAGAAGCAGCCGAUGAGGGUUCUGGUGAUGUGAAAUAUCACUUGGGGAUGUAUCACAAGAGGAUGAACCGGGUCAGCGACCGGGAAAUCACAAUGUCACUUAUGGCGAAUCCAUCCCACCUGGAAGCGGUGGACCCAGUGGUGCAGGGAAAAACCAAAGCUGAGCAAUUCUACUGUGGAGACACAGAGGGCAAGAGGGUGAUGUCUAUUCUGCUUCACGGUGAUGCUGCAUUUGCAGGCCAGGGUAUCGUGUACGAGACGUUCCACCUGUCUGACCUGCCGUCCUACACCACACACGGCACGAUACACGUGGUGGUCAACAACCAGAUCGGUUUCACCACAGAUCCCAGGAUGGCACGUUCAUCUCCUUAUCCCACAGAUGUCGCACGAGUGGUCAACGCUCCCAUCUUCCACGUCAAUGCAGACGACCCAGAGGCUGUGAUGUAUGUGUGUAAAGUAGCAGCCGAGUGGAGGAACACCUUCCAUAAAGACGUAGUCGUGGACUUGGUCUGUUACAGACGUAACGGCCACAAUGAGAUGGACGAGCCGAUGUUCACCCAGCCGCUGAUGUACAAGCAGAUCAAGAAGCAGAAAGGCGUCCUGCAGAAGUUUGCUGAGAAAGUCAUCGCUGAGGGAGUCAUCACGGCACAGGCGUAUGAGGAGGAAAUAGCGAGGUACGACAAAAUCUGUGAAGACGCUUACGCUCGUUCCAAAGAUGAGAAGAUCCUUCACAUCAAACACUGGCUGGACUCACCGUGGCCUGAGUUUUUCACACUGGAGGGACAGCCCAAAACUAUGAACUGCCCUGCCACUGGCAUCACUGAAGAAGAGCUCGUCCAUAUUGGAAACAUUGCUUCCUCUGUGCCAGAGGAAGACUUCACAAUACAUGGAGGUUUGAGUCGCAUCCUAAAGGGCCGCGCUAACAUGGUGAACCAGCGAGUGUGUGACUGGGCUCUUGGGGAGUAUAUGGCCCUUGGCUCUCUGCUCAAAGAGGGGAUCCACGUACGCCUCAGUGGACAGGAUGUGGAGAGGGGCACGUUCAGCCAUCGACACCAUGUUCUUCACGACCAGAACGUUGAUAAGAGGAUCUGCAUCCCAAUGAACUACAUCUCCCCUGAUCAAGCUCCUUACACUGUCUGCAACAGCUCUCUGUCUGAGUAUGGAGUGCUGGGUUUUGAAUUAGGCUUCGCCAUGGCCAGUCCCAACGCGCUGGUGCUGUGGGAGGCCCAGUUCGGAGACUUCCACAACACGGCUCAGUGUAUCAUCGACCAGUUCAUCAGCUCGGGUCAGGCCAAGUGGGUCAGACAGAACGGCAUCGUGCUGCUGCUUCCUCACGGCAUGGAAGGAAUGGGUCCAGAGCACUCGUCUGCCCGGCCUGAAAGGUUUCUACAAAUGUGCAAUGAUGACCGCGAUGUUUUUCCUGAACUGUCAGAGGACUUUGCAGUGCGUCAGCUGAAUGACUGUAACUGGAUCGUUGUCAACUGCUCCACUCCUGCAAACUACUUCCAAGUCCUCCGCAGACAGAUCCUGCAGCCCUUCAGGAAGCCUCUGAUAGUGUUUACUCCCAAGUCUCUGCUGCGCCACCCUGAGGCCAAGUCCAGCUUUGAUGACAUGCUGCCAGCCACACACUUCAAGCGUAUCAUCCCAGACAACGGGCCUGCAGCUGCCAGCCCAGAAAAAGUCAAGAGAGUCAUUUUCUGCACGGGAAAGAUCUACUAUGAACUGGCCCGAGAGCGCCAAAACAGAGGCAUGGAUGAUGCUGUCGCUAUUGUUCGCAUCGAACAGCUCUCACCCUUCCCGUUUGACCUGGUGAAAGCAGAGACUGAUCGUUAUCCAAAUGCUGAUCUGAUGUGGUGUCAGGAGGAGCACAAGAACCAGGGCUACUACGACUACGUCAAGCCCCGCAUCCGCACCACCAUUAAACGCACCCAGCCCGUCUGGUACGCUGGUCGUGACCCUGCAGCAGCUCCAGCUACUGGGAACAAGCAGACUCACCUCAUGGAGCUGCAGCGUUUACUGGACACAGCGUUCGACCUGGAAGCUUUCUCAGGAAAAGUGUAACAGCUGGUUUACACCUCCCUCCCUCCCUCCCUCCCUCCCUCCACGCUCCCACACAUCUGAUUCACGCUGCCGUCAAGCUUCAGGUCUUCAGCGCAGGUUUCCCCCCAUGAGACUGGCUUUGCAUUGAUGUGUGUUCUUCCUCAGUAUAUUUACAUAUCAGACCUGACAUCAGGUGGAAUCUCUAAACUAAACGCACAAUGACUUCUAACACUGUUACCAUGACGACCUCGUGUUCACAGUGAUGGACACCACCACAGAAUGUAAUGCAGGUUAAAACAACAGCAUUGAAUGUAUGAAUUUAUACAACAUUAAUUUGUAAGACAAAGAGUUUUAUCUUCUUUUUUCAUUUGCUCUUAUUUUUGCAAAAUCAUGUCAACCUGCUCCGCAAAUCCAGAAUCAACCAUCACACUGUGUGCAAUCACCUGCCAGACAAAUAUGUGAAUCAUUUAUUGAUCUGUGACAGAUUAUUUAAAAUAAUAAAGAGUUAGGUCGGGCAGCCAGAGGAAAUGUAGAAAGCAAUGACAGACAUUUUUUACAGGAUAGAUUGACAUUUUGGGAAAUAAGUUUAUUCACCUUCUUGGAGAGCGUUAGAGGAGACUGGUACUCGUCUCUUACCAGUCAGUUAGCUUAGCUUAGCAUAAAGACUGGAAGUCCAAAAGUGACACAAUCUGUUUAAGAGCACCUCUAACACUCACUAAUUCACACGUAAUAUCUUAUUUGUUUAUCCAUACAAGAAUCAAUUUGUUGAAAUGACAAUUCAUGUUUUUAAACGGGUUUAUUUGCUGCACUUUUUCUUGGCUGGGCGCUUUGACUUUUGUUAAAAAAAAAAAAAGGCAUUAAAUUUAUUAUAGUAAAUUAAAAAUAAGGCCCCAAUUGGUACGAAAAUGUCUAAAAUCCAUAUUUAAAAAUCUUAACCCUCAUGAUCCUGUUUAAAAUAAAAAUUAAAAAAAACUAGAAGCUAUAAACUAUUUGCAAUGGAAGGCUAGGAUUUCCGUCUUUUGUGCCAUCACAUUGUCUGUGUGAGAUGACGACAUUACAUUAUGCUACAAGCGGUCCAAAAGACAGUGAAAAUAUGCAGUUACGUCAGAGUGUUGUGCGUCAUGGCUGUGGGAGAUUGUCAUUUGCAUGAUCCUGUUUAAAAUUGAUCUAAAAUAAAAACCGUAAUAGCCAGAGCAUUCUUUUUGCAGCAGUAGCAGCAGCAAGUUGCACAUUGUGUUCUACCUUAAGCCCUUUUUAAACAGGAAUUGUGCAAAUUUGCAGGAAAGCCCAAUCAGUCUUUUUUCAGCAUUGGCAGUAUAAAAACAAAAAAUCAGGGAGUGCAGCAAAAUGCCGCCUACCUACUUUUG